GACAGAAUCCCGUGAGUCAGCGUUACGCGAGACCGGUGCGCGGCGGCGCGAUCGAUACCCUGCACUCCCUCCCCUCAGGCCCUCACGUUCCCAUGCACCUGUCGUAGACAGCACCGCUGGACACUGAAAAACCUCAAAAAACAUCCAAAAAUGAAGUAAUUUUAAAGAAAUCAAGUGCUUUCCUCAAAGUCAAUUUUCGGUUAAUAGUACAAGGUCGCCACGGUCGUAGACCUUUAAGAAACUACCUCAAAAUAAAUCACGGGUUCAAGCAAUACGGUGUUUAUUUGUGUUUCUAUCGUGGAUUUUAUUUUUAAUUAUUACGCGUAGUGGGCAAGGUCGUAGUUUAUUUUGCCGUGCACAAAUGUCGGAUCUUUUCCAUUGCAAACGCGCGCGUGCACCGAGGUAGGACAUAACAAAGGUGCUCCGCCGUCAGGUCGUCUUGUCGUUUGUCGUUGUGUUUAGGAUAAGCUAUGGCUUCCAAGGUUCUCGUACCGACAGCCCCCUUCGCAAAACUGCAGGUCAAAAAAUCACCUCCAGAAAAUGGCGGUGGAUUCAUCAUUAGCAGCAGUGAUGCAGCAGCUCGGGUCGCACACUUGGAGCAUAGUGUUCGUUUCCUACAAGAACAACAUCGAUUGAUGCUGAGCGGUCUCCACGCUGAGAUAGAGGCUUUACGAGAGAGAAACAGAGACUUGCAAUUUCAACUGAUAUUUAAUAAGGAGUCUACGGUGAAACCAAGUCCGCCGGUGCCCGAUGACACAGCUGAAAACAAUGAAGAGAAGUUGCGCAAAGACGUGAGUCGCGCGGAACGCGAGGCGGCGGCCGCGCGCGGGGAGGCGCGCGCCGCCGAGGCCCGCGCGCUGCAGCUGCAGAGACUCGUCGACGCGCAGGCGCAAAAAGUUCGCGAUCUGGAGAGUCGGCGCGAGGGCGAGCCGGGCGGGGCGGGCGCGGGCGGGGCGGGCGGCGCGGACGGCGCGGAGGAGAGCCGCGCGGAGCUGCGUCUGCGGCUGGCGGAGGCGGAGCGGCUCGUGCGGCGCCUGCGCGCGGACGCGGAGCGCCAGCGCAGAGAGGUACUCGGGGGCGCGGGCGUCACCAACCUACUGUUCGACGGCGCGGCCGCUCGACACGCGCACUUGCAGUGUAUGAAGAAUUCCCUCCAUGCGAGUUUGCGAGCUAGCGGUUUAGACGCGUACGGUUAUCAGAACAACUACCACUUUCCGCCGGUACACACGCCGGACUUCUGGCGGGAACCGCUUAGAGAGGAGUAUAGCAUGGGUUCGCGAAACAGGAACAAUAGAAGACCUCUCACACUGCCUGAACUAACCGCUGUCGGUCAACCGCUGCGCUCUACCGUGUAUGCUAAUAAUCAUACGCGGGCACGAGGCUACGUUCACGAGAAAAAUAAAAAAACUCAAACCACGAACGGAGAAACAAGUAAUGGAAAAAGUCCAGAGGAACCGCCAGAAAAUUCACGAUUAAACCCGAUAGACACCGAUAGUUUAGCGAAUACGAAAAAAACUGAGUCUAGGUUCUCGACAUACCCCGAGUUGAAAAUAGUGGUUACUAAAAUAAUUCCACAUGGAAACGUGAGCGCGGCGGGCGAGGCGCCGCGCGCGCGGUCGCGGCGCGCGCACCGCAAGCACUCGGACCACACAUAGCCGCGCCGCCGCCGCCGCCGCCGCCGCCGCCCGACACUCUCACAAAUAUAGUUUAUACGCCACGCCGAUCUAUGUACACGGAACCGACUUGAUUUCACAGGACUAAAUUGUUAUAUGUGUUCUUUUGCGAAAGAAUUCUUUCGAGUCUCGUCAUGUCUGUUUGGUUGAUAUUGUUUGUAACUGAUUCGGUAUUAUUACAACACGCAGAUCUCGAAAGGCAUGCUCUGCAAUUUUAUCUUUGCCGAUAUAUACGUCGGUAAUAAGUGAGCACUGAUUAUCAUUGUGUUUGAAGUGAAUCGCAUGCUUAAAUCAUCAAUUCUGCGAUUCAAUUAUCUCAUUAAGAUAUCCAUUUUAGUACAGAGUCAUAAUUUAAUUGGACAUUGGUAAAAAAUAUAGUGAUUGCUUUGUACGCAAUCUCUGAACUAAUCUGACGGUAAAUCAGUUCUAAUAUUGAGAUGCUAUGUAACAAUACACUGUUUCUCCUGUCUUAUCUAAUCAUGAACUGUGUCGUGGAGAUGACAUAACGGAUUAAGUAUUAACAUUAUAUUUCUCAUUAAUAUUAAAUAUC